CCCGCGCUACCCCGCGCACUCCUCUCGCCGCUUCGCCGGGCAGAUGCGCCGCCGCGCGCCCCGCGCCCCGGGCCCGCCACAGAGCUCCGUCGCGCACCGGGGGCUCCUCUCCCAGGUCCCCCUAGGUGCCCUCCGGCUGGGGCUCCCGCCCGCUUCUUGGAAUAACCCCUGAGGCUCCAGCCGUCGCCGCAAAGUUUCCCGAGGAGACCCGCCUCCCCGGCUGCUGCGCAGGUACUGAGACUCCAGGUUAGGUGGGUCAGGCCUCCACCAGCUGUCCACCAUGGUGGUGGCACACCCUACUGCCACCACUACCACCACACCCACUGCCACCGUCACAGCCACUGUUGUGAUGACCACGGCCACCAUGGACCUGCGGGACUGGCUGUUUCUCUGCUAUGGGCUCAUUGCCUUCCUCACAGAGGUCAUCGAUAGCACCACCUGCCCAUCAGUAUGCCGCUGUGACAAUGGCUUCAUCUACUGCAACGACCGGGGACUCACAUCCAUCCCCUCUGACAUCCCUGAUGAUGCCACCACCCUCUACCUGCAGAACAACCAGAUCAACAAUGCAGGCAUCCCUCAGGACCUCAAGACCAAGGUCAAAGUACAGGUCAUCUACCUGUAUGAGAAUGACCUGGAUGAAUUCCCCAUCAACCUGCCCCGCUCCCUUCGCGAGCUUCAUCUACAAGACAACAAUGUGCGCACCAUUGCCAGGGACUCAUUGGCUCGAAUCCCACUGCUGGAGAAGCUGCACCUGGAUGACAAUUCUGUUUCCACUGUGAGCAUCGAGGAUGAUGCUUUUGCUGACAGCAAGCAGCUCAAGCUACUUUUCCUGAGCCGGAACCACCUAAGCAGCAUCCCAUCGGGGCUGCCCCACACAUUGGAAGAGCUUCGGCUAGAUGACAACCGCAUCUCCACCAUCCCGCUACAUGCAUUCAAGGGUCUCAACAGCCUGCGGCGCCUGGUUCUGGAUGGCAACCUGCUGGCCAACCAGCGUAUUGCUGAUGACACCUUCAGCCGCCUGCAGAACCUCACAGAGCUGUCACUGGUACGAAACUCACUGGCUGCCCCGCCCCUCAACCUGCCUAGUGCCCACCUGCAGAAGCUCUACCUGCAGGAUAAUGCCAUCAGCCACAUCCCCUACAACACACUGGCCAAGAUGCGGGAGCUGGAGAGGUUGGACUUGUCCAAUAACAACCUCACUACACUGCCUCGAGGCCUGUUUGAUGACCUAGGGAACCUGGCACAGCUGCUUCUCAGAAACAACCCCUGGUUCUGCGGCUGUAACCUCAUGUGGCUGCGUGACUGGGUGAAGGCACGAGCUGCUGUGGUCAAUGUGCGGGGUCUCAUGUGUCAGGGCCCUGAGAAAGUCCGGGGCAUGGCCAUCAAAGAUAUCACCAGUGAGAUGGAUGAGUGCUUUGAGGCGGGGUCACAAGGCGGUGCAGCCAAUGCAGCUGCCAAGACCACAGCCAGCAACCAUGCCUCUGCCACCACACCACAGGGCUCUCUGUUUACCCUCAAGGCCAAGAGGCCAGGACUGCGCCUCCCUGACUCCAACAUUGACUACCCCAUGGCCACUGGUGAUGGUGCCAAGACAUUGGUCAUCCAGGUGAAGCCACUGACAGCAGACUCUAUCAGAAUCACAUGGAAGGCUAUGCUACCGGCCUCCUCUUUCCGGCUCAGUUGGCUGCGUCUGGGUCACAGCCCAGCUGUGGGCUCUAUUACAGAGACCCUGGUGCAGGGAGACAAGACCGAGUACUUGCUGACCGCCCUGGAGCCCAAGUCCACCUAUAUCAUCUGCAUGGUCACCAUGGAGACUGGCAAUACCUAUGUGGCUGAUGAGACACCUGUGUGUGCCAAGGCAGAGACGGCUGAUAACUACGGCCCUACCACCACGCUCAAUCAGGAACAGAAUGCUGGCCCUAUGGCAGGGCUGCCCCUGGCUGGCAUUAUUGGUGGUGCCGUAGCUCUUGUCUUCCUCUUCCUUGUCCUGGGGGCCAUCUGCUGGUACGUACACCGGGCUGGUGAGCUGCUGACCCGAGAAAGGGUCUACAACAGGGGCAACAGGAAAAAGGAUGACUACAUGGAGUCAGGGACCAAGAAGGAUAACUCCAUUCUGGAAAUCCGAGGCCCAGGACUGCAGAUGCUGCCCAUCAACCCAUACCGCUCAAAAGAGGAGUAUGUGGUACAUACCAUAUUCCCCUCCAAUGGCAGCAGCCUCUGCAAGGGCGCCCACACUAUUGGCUAUGGCACUACACGGGGCUACCGGGAUGGUGGCAUCCCUGAUGUGGACUACUCCUACACAUGAAGCUGGCCACCCUUGUGUGCUCACAUGGCUCUGCUAGCCCACUGCAACACCAGGAGCCAGGAAGAGAAACUCCACAGUGACUUUUCCAGCAGAAAGCAAAGUUUGGGGAGGAUUGGUAAACACAAUAGUGGGGUAA